UUCAGUCGGUUCCUGUAAACUUCUGAAUGGAAAAUUAUUUCGAGGUCAAAACAUGAAUUUUAACCUGUUUUAACCCAAUUGUCAGUGCUUUUAUCACUCAAUUUUUUUAAAAUGGUGUGUAAAGAAGAUCUUUGUACGUGGUUCAAAAACCUGAGUCCACACAAAAGGAUAGAUUAUAUGUGCGGAAUGUUACAAAUGUGUCUCCCUAUGGAACUACGAUUCAUAGGGUCAUAUGUUGAAGACUUAGCAAGGAAAGAUUUCCACCAAUUGAGGGAAUCUGAGGGCAAAGCAAACAAUCGUCAUGAACUGUCAAAAUUUAAUGAAACAGAUGGCAGAGUGUUUAGAACUAAAAUGGCAGUGUACCUUGCUCUCAUGCAUUCGUCAAACAGAACCUGUUCCAACAUUAUAUUCAGAUUGUUGGAAAAACAUGUUCGAGAGGCCUUAACUGUGAUAGACACUAUGGAUGUAAUAACUGUACACAAUAUUCUUCUGGUUUUAUCAAUGGCAAUGAAUCAUCCAGCAUUUACUUUCCACCAAAAAUCGAGAAUGUACGAGUAUUACAGAGAAGCUAAUGAAGCAGCUGAAAGGAUUCUAAAUAAGACUCUACCAGAGCAAGAGCUGUUGAUCUUAUCCGAAUCUUGUGACAUGCGGUCAUGUGACCAGCGGUUAUCACCAAUGUGUUCUCCACGAGUACCUCAGAUGCAUUUAUUACCUAGUCCAGUAGCACCUUUAUCCUCACAGUAUAUACAUAGUCCAGCAACACAAGAUAAAGUGUAUGUGUGUGAAAUAAAUGUGAAAAGUUCAAGACAGAGAGACAAAGAAAAGAACACUAUAGAAUAUAUCAUUCAGGUGACCUGGUCAAAUGGUGAGAAAAAGAAUGUGUUCAAAACAUAUCAGGAAUUGGUUGAGUUUCAUAAAAAGUUAGUGAAGACAUUUGAAAAGGAUAUACUGUCUCAUCAAGAAGCAUUCAAACUGCCGUCUCUAAAAGGGAUGCAGAACCAUAGGAAAGAGAACAGAGAACUUUUGAGUCAAUAUGCGUCGUCCUUGUCGGACUUGCCGGAGCACAUACAACAGAGCAACUUCUUCACAUCGUUUUUCGAGAACACGAUACAGAGGCCCGUCAAGAUGACCGAUGCAUGUACUAGUCCCCGCCCGUCUGUAUUAGCCGAUGUCCCAGUAGUGCAGCGAUUACCCAACUCAGGAGAUGAAGACCGUGAUAGACCGCCAUAUUUGGGUAAACCCCGCUCAAAACUUAUACACCUCAUAUCUUCAAUCCCCAGCAAGGGGGACAUGAACAAAAAACCUGGCCAGUAUAGAGGAAAUGUCAGAGUUAAAGGACAUUCUGCCCCUAACUCAGCUAGAUCAGCUCGUCCGGAGAGAAUGAUCGAUUCUAAACAAGACACAUACUCUAAUAAUGGCACUCCUCCACUCCCAACAGAGAAAAGUGACUCUAAUGUUAAUAAUGCUGGAAGUAAUGGGAGUAGCGGGUACACCUCGGAUCCUACAUCAACACGACCUUUGAUGCGGACAUACAAAGCUCAGCCAGCACACACCAAUAACAUACAGUCACAUUCUAAAGUUAUCAACAUGCCUGAAAAUAACUUUAAAGGUGGUGCACAACCUUUUGUGCAAAUAAUGGCUCCUCAACACUUGAGAGAUAUGACCUUGAACUCGACCUCUGGACAUCCAGGUUACACCAUGUCUCCAGCUGAUAUAGGUCAUAGGUCAAUGAUAUAUUUUCCACAGGGAACAUCCAGUUGUUUGGCAAGAUCUCAUUUCAACCCAGUAAUGUGGGCUGGUUUCCCGGCCCAUUUUCCAUCCUGCACUGCAGUAAACCAGUCAAUAUUCCUGCUCAACCUACAGUUAUUAAUGGGAAUGCCCAGAGGAAAAUCUCCAAAUGUACUACUAAAUAGUGUAGAUAACCAGGUGCAGACUUCAGAUACCAGCACGCAUAGGUGUCCUGCUACACAGACUGUAGUGAGCUCUGCUUCAUCCAGUAACUCAACGGCUACCUAUACAAGUAGUGGCCAAACUGUGACAACAAAUCGCCCUGCAUCAUGUUCUAAUUGUGGUUGCCCCGGACAUAGAGAGGGAUCAAUUCCUAAUAAUAUAUUCUUGCCUCCAAUGCAAACCAAUAUGUGGCCAACGCCUUACCCAAAUGGCCUCGUACCAAUGCAUAUGCAAAUGCCACAUCUCUAUCAUCAUCAUAUGCCCUAUCAUCCAAAUGGACUCAACCAAGAGCUGUAUAAUCCUACUGUGUAUGGAAUGUCUCAUUCAAACAGUCAAGGGAUGGCUGGUAUUUCAAAUGUGAUAUAUAAUAGUUUUAAUAAUCACCAGCCAUCGAGUGGUGGAUAUAAUCAAAAGAAGCCAAGGAAAAUAAACUGUCACAAUUGCGGCUCAUCAAAACACACUGCAGGAGACUGUCCCGAGGUCUCCAUGGAAGCCAUGUCAGGCCAUCCAAUUUAUUCGUACAAACCAAAAAACGAGUCUGAUUGA